GCCCUAGGUGCUGCCAUCGUUGAUUGGGAAUAGGUAAUCAACUAUAUAUGCCUGGAAAGGAACAUGACGGCUACUUCCUGGCUAAGUCUAAAGUUCAUUUGUCGGCUAGUGGUUCUAUGUAAGACUUUUUAAUUAUUUGGAAGGGCUGAGAUUUUAAGUUAAAAGAGUAAGCCAAGUUAGAGUAAGAGCUGACAUGUGCAAAUUGUGGUAUUUUCUAUUGCAUGCAUCUGCAUUUUAGAGGUACCGUGUUUAUUUACCAUAGUCGAAUACGUAGCUUGCAGGUUUGCUCUGCGUGUACGAAUGUAAAGAGCACAGGGCAUUAUGCAGCAGUCAUUUGGAUCGAUUGUGAAUUUGCUUGAAUCAUACAGAGGAAGAGAUAAAGUGGUCAGAACACUUUGCUAUGGCUCUCAGCUGGUUGGAGGCGUUCUGUCCCAGAAAACUGCAGGAUUGUCUGAGGUUGGAAAGAGUCUUUUGUUGUUUUCAGCACAGCUCAGCCACUGCAGAACCAUCCUUAGACUCUUCGAUGACCUCUCCAUGGUUGCAUAUUCGAGGAGCUAUGGAUUGGGGAACAGGGAAGAGGACAGUAUAGUCCGAUGUAUAUCAGUUCUUACCAAUGUUGCGGAUCAGUUGUACUACCCAUGUGAACACAUAGCCUGGGCUGCAGACGCAGAACUGAUCAAGGUGAAGUCAGACAAAUGGUGGACUCUGAGUACACUACUUUGGACCUCAUCUUUGCUACUGGGAGCCCUCAGGUCCAUUCGAGUCAUCUUGCUUCUUAAGAGAAAGCUCCGUAAGAGCCAAAGAACAAGACAAGAAAAUGGCAGUGAUGGACUGGCCAUACAGACAGAGUGUCACCAACAGAUAAAGAUGGAGAUCCUCGGUAUUAUCAGCUGCCUGGCAGAUCUUAGCAACGCCAUUCACUGGAUGCCCCCUGGCAUUCUCUGGGCAGGACGCUUCCCCAACUGGCUUGUGGGACUGAUGGGCACAGUCUCAUCUUUCGUUGGCUUGUAUCGGAUGGGCUCAAGUGACAGUGAACAUGAAGCUAAUGCUUAAUCAUUAGCCUAUGAUUCCCC